CGGUUACCUUUGCUACGCGCACAGCGGAGACGAUUCGAUUCGUUACGCUUGCAACACAUACACCUGGGGAGGAGGAGCGGAUGGCGGCGGCGGAGGGGAGGAUGCCGGAGGGGGAGGGGAAGAGGAAGGAGGCGGAGAAGAUGGACGCGCGGAAGGACGGGGUGGCGCGGGAGGUCAUCCGGAUGGAGCGGGAGGCCGUCAUCCCCAUCCUCAAGCCCAAGCUCUUCAUGCGCCUCGCCUACCUCAUCGAGCAUGAGGUUGAUCGUAAUGAGUUCCUGAAGCUGUGCAAGAAGGUCGAGUACACCAUUCGGGCCUGGUACCUCCUCCAGUUCGAAGAUCUCAUGCAACUGUACUCCCUGUUUGAUCCUGUUUCUGGUGAGAAGAGGCUGGAGCAGCAGAAUCUGACGCCGGACGAAAUCGAAACCCUUGAGUUCAAUUUCAUGACAUAUCUUUUCCAGGUGAUGGAAAAAAGCAACUUCAAGUUGUUAUCUGAUGAAGAGUAUGAUAUUGCGCAAUCUGGAAAAUAUCUAUUGAAUCUUCCAAUCAAAGUUGACGAAUCUAAGCUAGACAAGAAGUUGUUGACAAAAUAUUUUAAAGAGCAUCCACAUGAAAAUCUACCAGAAUUUGCGGACAAGUAUAUUAUUUUUCGCCGGGGCGUUGGAAUUGAUCGAACAACUGACUACUUUUUCAUGGAGAAAGUAGAUGUAAUGAUAUCCCGAGCUUGGAGGUCAUUGCUCAGGUUUACUAGGAUUGAUAGAUUGUUUUCUAAGAAACAGCAUUUGCAACCAAAGAAAGACACCAAGAAGACUGAUGAAAUUAAUGAAGACGAGGAAGAACCAGAAUUAUUUGUUGAGAGAAUUCGAUUAGAAAAAAUUGAACUAAGUAUGAAAAAUCUGAUGAGUAAGAUGACAAUUCAAGAACCUACAUUUGAUAGGAUGAUUGUGGUGUACAGGAGGGCUGGCACGAAGACUAAGCCUGAUCGAGGAAUAUUUGUAAAGCACUUCAAGAAUAUUCCAAUGGCUGACAUGGAAAUUGUUCUUCCGGAGAAGAAAAACCCGACGCUUACACCUAUGGAUUGGGUCAAGUUUCUCAUUUCUGCUGUUAUCGGUUUGGUUACCCUAGUUGGUUCUCUUGAAAUGCCAAAGGCUGAUGUAUGGGUUGUCAUAGCAAUCUUGUCUGGUGUGAUUGGGUACUGUGCUAAGAUCUACUUCACAUUUCAACAAAAUAUGACAAUUUAUCAGAAUUUGAUUACAAAAUCAAUGUAUGACAAACAGCUUGAUAGUGGGAAAGGAACUCUUCUCCACUUAUGUGAUGACGUGAUACAGCAAGAAGUUAAAGAGGUCAUAAUUUGUUACUACAUUUUAAUGGAGCAGGGAAAAGCAACAGUACAAGAUCUUGAUUUACGGUGUGAAGAGCUAAUCAAAGACGAGUUCGGUGCAGAGUGCAAUUUUGAUGUUCAUGAUGCUAUCCAGAAGUUAGAGAAGCUUAGCAUUGUUCAUCGGGACUCGAUCGGAAGGAUCCUCUGCGUUCCCCUGAAGCGCGCGAAUGAGAUCAUUGGCACGACGACGGAAGAGCUGGUGAUGCGAGCGCAGAGUCCUACUUCUUGAGUUCCACACGGCGGUGGACUACACUUCUUUAUGUCCGUGUAAAGCACACACAUCUCAUCCUGCAAUUUGUUCGCUUGUACAUGUCUACCGCACCGGGUCAUAGUUAGGCACUGUUUUUUUCCUUCUUACGGGAAGAGUGUUACAAGACUAGAGUGCGUGUUUUAAAUUGGUCUGUUAAAGUUGAAGAAUGGAACAUGUUGUGUGUACAUAACACAAUCAUAUGUAAUAAGAAAAAACAGUACAGAAUCUUCAUGUCUC